AUGUCCUCCAAACCCGCUGUCAUUUCCGUUAUUGGUUCUCUCAAUGUUGACCUCGUUACACGUACUCCACGAGUACCUGUGGCCGGUGAGACCUUGACAAGUGAAUCUUUCAACAUCGGCUGGGGAGGAAAAGGCGCGAACCAGGCCGUCGCGUGUGCACGCCUCUCUCGCACUCAACAGCAAGCAUCGUCUAGUGCGGCUUCCGAUGUCGAAGUGCGCAUGGUUGGCGCUGUUGGAGACGAUGAAUUCCAUUUGGGCUUUUUGAAGGCAUUGCAAGCCGAUGGCCUAAAGACGGACAGCAUCCAGAUUAUGAAGGGCAAGAAGACAGGUGUUGCAGUCAUUACAGUCGAGACUACCACAGGAGAGAACAGGAUCAUGUUCUGUCCGGGCGCAAAUUAUGAUGUCGAAGAGAAGGACUUGGUCGAUGCGGACGCAAGUGUGGCUCUCUUUCAGCUCGAGCUACCACUGAAAGUCGUAUUGCACAACAUGAAGAUCGCACGGCAAAAGGGCGUUGAGACAAUCAUCAACCCGGCACCAGCGAUCCCACUGCCCGAAGAAGCCUAUCAGGGCUUGGGCCAUCUCAUUGUCAACGAGACAGAGGCCGCCAUCCUUUCAGGCAUCGAAAAUCCAACAAAUUGGAACGAGGUUGCCGCUGUCUUCAUCGCUCGAGGUGUCAAGAAUGUCAUCAUUACCCUAGGCGGCGAAGGCGUCUUCUACAAGACUUCGAAGCAACAAUCGGCCUCGCAGGAUGGCCACAUAGUACCGGCGCGCAAGGUCAAAGUAGUCGAUACGACUGCCGCAGGCGACACUUUCGCAGGAGCAUACACUGUCUCAGUAGCACGAUGGAAAUCAAUGUCCCAGGGCGCUGACUUUGAUCUCGAUGUAGUUAUAGCGCAUGCCAAUCGCGCUGCCUCAAUGACCGUACAAAAGGCGGGCGCGCAAUCCUCUAUACCUUGGGCAGACGAAGUACCAGAAACCUAGAAUAAACUGAAUCGUCCUUGG